AUGUCAUCCACAUGGGUACUCUCUGAAACCCAUGGGUUUCGUGUUUUGCAAAGGACACUUGGGAAUAAGGAGCAGGAGUCACCAGUUAUAAAAGAAGAAGAAGAAUCAGAUGAAGGAUGUGUGCUUCUGGAGACAAAGAAGGAGCAUUCGGAGAGAGUUUCAGUGCCGACUGGACCGCCCAAAUUGAUGAAAGUGAAGCAGAAGAGACCAAGUAUCAGAAUGCAACGGAAAGAAGAGGAGAAGAAGGAGAAGGAACCGGCGAUGUUGAUAUGGGAGACAGAUCUGACCCCUCUCAUCCAUCAAUUCUACACCAGUACCAGCACCAUUCCAGCCAUCAAUCAGAUGUUCGACUUAUUCGAAUCGCCACUCGGAAAAGGAUGUUUCGGUGAAGUUUGGGGCGGGGUUUGUAAAUUGACAGGGCGGAAAUUUGCCAUUAAAAAAAGUACAAAAUAUACACCGGUUGACUCAAAAAACUUUCUAAAAGAGGCAAGAAUGUUCCAACGGAUUCCAAGAAGUCCUUAUAUUAUAAAAUAUUUCAAAUCAUGGGUGGACGCCGAUCAGGUGUUCAUUCAGACAGAGUUGUGUCACAUAAAUCUUUCAGAUUAUUCGAAAAAUGGACCAACUGAGGAGAUUGAGGUGUGGUGGGUGCUCAAAGACUUGCUCCGAGGACUCGAGCAUCUCCAUAGAGCGAAUUUGCUUCAUAACGAUAUAAAACCAGAGAACUGUCUCUUGAGUACAGGUGGUUUUUGGAAGUUGGCAGAUUUCGGGUGUUGCUCCGUGAGCUCCGAGCCAAUAACCGCUGGCGAUGAAGGAGAUGGGCGGUACAUUGCACCAGAGGUCCUGGCUACCAUGACACCCACCAAAGCAUCGGAUGUCUUCAGUUUGGGUCUUACUGUACUUGAAAUCACCACUUAUUUGUAUAUGGUAGCGAAUGGGGCGGAGCGUCAGGCGAUUCUAAACGGGCAAAUUCCAAAUCGGUUUUUCAAAAGUGUCUCCGCGGAAUUACGGGGAUUGUUGGGGCUUAUGAAGCACUUGGAUCCGGGGGCAAGACCGAAUUGUGCAGAGUGUCUAGACCAUCCUACUGUAAAGAGCAUACGGUACAGAUUUAAAUUUUCAGGGUCCGUGAGAACUAUGGUGAACAAUGUCAGCGAUGCGAACGAUUCUACCGGGGAGAUGAAGAGAAAGCUGUUCGAUGGAAACAACAACGAUUUGAAGAAGAGAAUGAUGUGA